CGAAAGAAGUCGAGCGCUAGUCAUUCGCUUCAAAAUGGCAGCCGAAUCAGACCACUUCGAUCUCCAGCGACUUCAUGAUUUAUUUUACGCCUGUCACGCUGAAGACGGCACGAUCUGCUUAGAUAACUAUGUAAAUGCAUAUGAAGAAAUAUCAAGGAUGCUGAAGUUGAUGGGCACAGUGUUUGGUUUCGUCAACUCUGACGUCAUAGAAAAAAUCGGAAUUUUGAGAGAUUAUCGGAAGUCCAACAUCGGAGACCAUUACAAGACUAUACAGAUGAUGAUUCAGUAUGAAGUGGAUAACAAGUUAACUAGCUGCAAGAAAAAAGCAUCAGGGGCCAGAACUCUUCUCAGGUUACACAGAGCUUUACAGUUUGUUGUGGAUUUGUUACAGACCUUGAAAGAUUCCGAUGAACACGACAAAAUGUCCAAGCUUACAUCAGAGAGCUACUAUCGCACACUGUCGAAGCAUCAUCCAUGGAUUAUUCGUAAAGGUGUGGAUGUGGCCGUCUACACCCUGCCGUCCCGUAAGCAUUUCAUUGAGAAACUGAAAAUUUCUAACUUCGAGACCACUGAAAAGCUGUUGGAAGCGACUGCCUCAAUGGGUCACAGGAUUUUCGAAGUCGUUGAGAAGAUUUACUCAGACUUUGAUCUGCAUCAACUACCAUAGGAUAUUAAUUAGGAAAAAUGUAGAUCUGUAUUGUGAUUUUUCAAAUAAACAUUUUUAUGUUUCAAAUUGUGACAUUCCUUGUCAUACUUCUUUCUUCUAUAAUUAUGGCCAUAAAUUACUGGCUUCACCUCUUUUUUGUGGAUGCCUUUAUCUCUAAAAAUAGGUGAUGCCAAUGAUUAAUGGUUGUGAAUAUGCUUUGACACAUAAACUUUGCCAAGAAUCUUAACAAAUUCAGUAAUAGUAUUCAAUAAAUAUGUCUAAAUCUUUUAAAGCUUUUACCAGAAUGUUUUUGCUUGAAUUGCUGUAACAAUGUGUAUUAAUUUUUUAAAUCACUGACCAUGAUCAAGCACUUAUACAGUUAAAUUGUGUGUUAUUGUGCAAGUCUUGCCAAUACUGGUAGAUUAAAAUGACAUGUUUGCAUUUUCCUCGCACAGAAUUUCCCCGGUUGAAACAUUUGCUUUAAAUGUGAACACAUAUUACAGUAGUGUAGUUAAUAUUGUAUAAAGUUUUUUUUAUUGUAUUGUGAUUAUUCGGGGACUGUGAUACUAUUUAUUCAGAGAAGUAUUUCACAAAAUGUCACUCAGCCAAGAUGAUUGCAUGUGUCCAACUAUAAACAAGUUUACCUGAUGAGCUAUUUUGUGUUACGCCUAUGGAACAAUUCAGUUAAUACCUAUCAAGUAUAGACUUUCCAGUAUGUAGUUAAAAUUAACAUUUAACAUUCAUAGAUUUCUGUACUUCUUUGCGAAUGGCACAUGUCAAAUUUGGAAGAAAAUGCAUUCAUCAGAAUCAAAUUUUCCUAGCUUUGUCAAAGUCUUAUUUAUUUGGCUAGGUUUAAAUAUUUUUCCAAGUUUUUCAGAUGUGAUAUUUUUAUCUUCAGGUAAGGAGUUUUCUUGGUAAGUUAGUUUGGGGAGAUACAUGUAUCCCUUUUGGGUACCCAGUUUAUACAGAGAAAAAACAAAGACAUUUAUUUAUAUUCAACAUGUUAAAUUUUUUGUAACGUGUCUUUUUUUAUCAAGUCUCAUUUUGUCUUUCAUUUAACUAACUGCUAGUGAAGUUUUAAAGUUGCAGACAAUAUCAAAUGCCAUGGGCUUCUGAGUACAUUUAUCAAGCACCCUGGGGAUAUGCAGAUGCUUGUUUUUGCAAAUUACAUGAACUAACGUGUUCAAAUGCAAACGAUUCAGGUUCUCUUGGCUUGCAUAAAGUUUUCUGAAGUCAAAUUUACCAUGAUAUAAAAAUUCUUCUAAUUUUAGAUACUUCUAACAAUAUUAUGGAAAAAAAGGUAGCCUAAGCUGCCAAAAAGAAUUUUCUUAAGUAAAAAAAUGUGCUCAUAUAUAGACGUGGACUAUUAUAGUUUAUGGAAGAGUUACGCUAUGAUAUCAUAAAAAGGUCACUAUUACUAUAUUGUACAUUUGUUCUAGAAAAUAUUUACCUACAUGGAAUAAAGUCCUUAAAGAUGUCUAAACAUUUGGUCUUAAAUAGCCUACAGUAAGCUUUAACAGUAACAGUAAAGAGCAAAUGGGAAUCAUCUAAGUUAUUAAUAAUGUAAUUUUAUGAAUACAAGCAAUGUUCUGUGCAAUGAACCAAGCUUUAUUUUACUGAUAUGCAUCCAUUUCCCUGUUCACUGUGUUUUCUAUGUUGAUUAUCGUGCACAUGUUUUAUUGUUCAUAGAUGUAAUAUGAUACCAUUUUUGGUUUAUUUUCCACGUUAUAAAAUAUCUAAGCACUU